GGCACAAAUUGUCAUGGAAAAAGUUUUGUCCGAUCAAACACAGUAAUCAAAACAAUGACAGUAAAAGAAAAUACCCGCCCCUCAGUAAAUUUUAUAGCACUGAUAACUGAGUUAUAAUUAAAAAUUUCGUUUAAUUUUGGGGAAAAUAUGUUUACCAUGUUUCUACUGAGAGAGUAUUGAUUUUAUUCCUGGACCAUUCACAGCUUCCCCGGCUAGAAAAAAUUUAUAAAGGCCAUUGCUUUACAAAAACGAAACAAACGACUCUGUUAAAAUGAACAGAGUUGGAUACAACUUCUCUUCCAUCCUCAAACAGAACAACAUCAAAUAGUGUAAAAUUUCUCCGAAAAUAAUCCCCAAAAAAAUCAAAAUGAUGCUGGGUCGCAAACAAAGUCUAAAAGGGGAGCCUGUUUUGGCGGAUUACGGACCCGAUGAAGCUUUUAAUGAAAGUGCUGACAUUGAAUGGGUAAAUAAGCGAUGGGUAAGGAGGCUAAUGAGAGGGUGUGCUCUCCUCAGUCUGGCUUCAGUAAGCUGUAACACCCCUAAGACAUUUGAAAAGUUCGAGUACAUGCAGAUAACAACUUUUUCUGUAGACGCUGUCGUAACCGUGUUAUUCACUUCGGAAAUGAUAGCGAAGAUGCACAUUAGGGGCAUACUGAAAGGUGACAGGCCGUACUUAAAAGACCACUGGUGCCAGUUCGACGCUAGUAUGGUGUUUUUCCUGUGGAUAUCCGUCAUCCUUCAAGUUUUCGAAAUGCUAAGCAUCGUGCCAAGAUUCAGUUAUUUGUCUAUUUUGAGAGCACCCAGGCCACUUAUUAUGAUCCGGUUUCUAAGGGUUUUCCUCAAAUUCUCAAUGCCUAAAUCAAGAAUCAACCAAAUCUUCAAACGAUCCAGCCAACAAAUCUACAACGUAACACUGUUCUUCCUAUUCUUCAUGUCCUUAUACGGGUUGUUGGGUGUGCAAUUUUUUGGAGAGUUGAAAAACCAUUGUGUAACUGUUAACACGACGGAGCCAAAGGAUAUAACAAUUAACAGUCUUGCUAUACCUGACACAUACUGCUCCUUAGAUCCUUCUUCGGGCUACCAGUGUCCAAAAGGGAUGAAGUGCAUGAAACUUGAAGGACUUUCUCGUUACAUAAUCGGGUUUAACGGAUUUGAUGAAUUUGUUACGAGUUUCUUCACGGUUUACCAAGCGGCUUCACAGGAGGGUUGGGUUUUUAUAAUGUACAGAGCCAUAGAUUCUCUACCUGGUUGGAGAGCGGUACUGUAUUUCAGUACGAUGAUUUUCUUCCUGGCUUGGUUGGUGAAGAACGUUUUCAUUGCUGUCAUCACCGAGACCUUCAACGAGAUCAGGGUGCAGUUUCAGCAAAUGUGGGGCGUCAGAGGGCACAUUCAAAACAGCUCAGCUUCACAAAUACUAAUCGGCGAUGAUCGCGGUUGGAAGCUUGUGACCUUAGACGAGAACAAACACGGCGGCUUGGCACCUGAAUUCUGCCACAAAAUCCUCCGUUCCCCUCACUUCCGACUUCUUGUCAUGUGUGUAAUUCUGGCGAACGGUAUUGUCACAGCUACGAUGCGUUUUAGACACGACGAAAGGCCCCGACAGGUGUUCUAUGAAAAGUACUACUAUAUCGAGCUGGGUUUCACAGCGUUGCUCAACUUAGAAACGAUCUUCAAGAUAUGGUGCCUCGGGUGGAGGGGUUAUUGGAAACAUUCCAUACACAAAUUCGAGUUGCUUCUCGCCGUUGGAACUACGAUUCACGUUAUACCAGGCUUCUACAUGACGGGUUUCACUUAUUUCCAAGUUCUGAGGGUUGUAAGGUUAAUAAAAGCUUCUCCGCUUCUUGAGGACUUUGUGUACAAAAUUUUUGGGCCGGGAAAGAAAUUAGGAAGCCUGAUAAUUUUCACCAUGUGCUUGCUGAUCAUAUCUUCGAGUAUAUCGAUGCAGCUCUUCUGUUUCCUCGAUUUUACCAAGUUUGAAACGUUUGCCGAAGCGUUUAUGUCUAUGUUCCAAAUCCUGACGCAAGAAGCUUGGGUAGAGGUCAUGGAUGAAACUAUGCUGAGAACGAGGUCUAUGCUGGCACCGCUGGUGGCGGUUUACUUUAUUCUGUACCAUCUCUUCGUCACUUUGAUCGUGUUGAGUUUGUUCGUAGCAGUAAUUCUAGAUAAUCUAGAACUCGACGAGGACAUAAAAAAACUUAAGCAGCUCAAAUAUCGAGAGCAAAGUGCCGAAAUAAAAGAAACUUUGCCGUUCAGGCUAAGAAUAUUCGAAAAGUUCCCUGACAGUCCGUUAAUGGUAACCCUGCACAAAGUACCAUCGGAUUUCAACCUACCAAAAGUCAGGGAAAGUUUUAUGAGACAGUUCGUGUACGAAACGGAAGACGACGAGAACUCCGAAAGCGGUAUCAAGAAAAUCAGCGAGGAAGUGUUCGAUUCCAAGAUCGUGUAUAGGAAACAGAAACCCUUGAAAGUACUCAACAACUUGCCGAAAGUCCGUGUCGUGAACCUGAAACUGAAAAAAACAGCAGUCGCGCACAUCAUCGACGAUUCUAACAAUCAAAGGUUGAUGUUAGGUGAUUCGUCUAUGAUUCCCGUCCCGGGUAGCAAGGGACCGCUGAAACCCCAGGGAACAAUCAAUAGCAUGAAACAGUUACGUAUUGAUCACAAGAAUAGAUUCGGAUCACGAUCUAUAAGGCGAAGCGUCCGUAGCGGGUCUAUUAAGCUAAAACAGACUUACGAGCACCUUAUGGAAAAUGGAGACAUAGGCGUCAAUAGGGUCACGUCCAACAGGGCGAGACCACAUGACUUGGACAUAAAAUUACUGCAAGCAAAGAGGCAACAAGCCGAAAUGAGAAGAAACCAACGGGAGGAAGAUCUACGCGAGAACCAUCCGUUCUUCGAUACGCCUCUAUUUGCGGUACCGAGAGAAAGCAAAUUUAGGAAAUUUUGCCAGCUGAUUGUAUAUGCUCGAUACGAUGCAAGGCUUAAAGACCCUCUGACGGGGAAAGAACGAAAAGUACAAUAUAAAACGUUGCAUAACUUCCUUGGUUUGGUGACGUAUCUAGACUGGGUAAUGAUAACAAUGACAACCUUAUCGUGUUUAUCGAUGAUGUUUGAAACUCCCUAUUACCGAGUUAUGGAAAACGUAAGCCUACAAAUAGCGGAGUACUGCUUCGUAAUAUUCAUGAGCAUAGAACUAGCUCUGAAAAUACUGGCCGAUGGACUGUUUUUCACUCCCAAAGCGUACGUUAAGGACGUUGCUGCCGUUUUAGACGUAUUCAUCUAUCUUGUAAGUCUAACGUUUCUGUGUUGGAUGCCGAAAAGCGUGCCGCCUAAUUCGGGUGCUCAGUUAUUAAUGAUUCUGCGUUGUUUGAGACCUUUACGGAUUUUUACGUUAGUGCCGCAUAUGAGCAAAGUCGUAUACGAGUUAUGUCGAGGCUUCAAAGAAAUACUUCUGGUAUCCACUUUACUGAUUCUUUUGAUGUUUAUAUUCGCGAGUUAUGGCGUUCAACUCUACGGCGGCAGAUUGGCUAGAUGCAACGAUCCGAACAUCACAAGGCGAGAGGAUUGUGUCGGAAUAUUUCUGAGAAGGGUAUUUGUGACAAAGAUGAAAGUACAGCCUGGUGAAAAUGAGUCUUAUCCUGCCAUGUUGGUUCCAAGAGUCUGGGCAAAUCCUAGAAGAUUCAACUUUGACAACAUAGGCGACGCGAUGUUGACGCUCUUCGAAGUUUUGUCGUUUAAAGGUUGGUUGGACGUAAGAGACGUUUUGAUAAAAUCCUUAGGACCUGUUCAUGCGAUCUACAUCCACAUUUAUAUCUUCCUGGGCUGUAUGAUCGGCCUUACGUUGUUCGUAGGUGUCGUUAUUGCUAACUAUUCGGAAAAUAAAGGAACAGCUUUGCUCACGGUAGAUCAGAGGAGAUGGUGCGACCUUAAGAAGAGGCUGAAAAUCGCACAGCCUUUACACCUACCACCGAGGCCUGACGGGAAGAAAUUUCGAGCGUUCAUCUACGAUAUAACGCAGAAUAUCAAGUUUAAGAGAUGCGUCGCUCUCAUGGUCCUUAUAAACAGCGCUCUUUUAGGCGUUACGUGGAAUAAAGAAGAAGCCCACACGGAGAUUUUAGCAACAGUAGGAAUUAUAUGCACUCUGUUGUUUUUGGUAGAAGUUGUCAUGAAAAACAUAGCGUUUACGCCUAGAGGUUACUUACAAUCAAGACGCAACAGAUACGAUUUAUUCGUGACUGUCAUGGGGGUCAUAUGGAUGUUUUUCCACAUAAUGUUUAAAAAUGAUUUAACGUACUUUGUUGGAUUCAUGGUUGUUAUUUUACGCUUCUUUACGAUCACCGGAAAACACGCCACGCUGAAAAUGUUAAUGCUAACCGUGGGUGUGUCUGUUUGUAAAAGUUUUUUCAUCAUCUUUGGAAUGUUUUUACUAGUUUUCUUCUAUGCUUUGGCCGGCACUAUAGUUUUCGGGACAGUUAAGUAUGGGGAAGGCAUUGGCAGACGAGCGAACUUUGAAUCGCCCGUAACAGGUGUAGCGAUGUUAUUUCGGAUAGUCACAGGUGAAGACUGGAACAAAAUAAUGCACGAUUGUAUGAUUCAACCCCCAUAUUGCACCCCGGCAGCUAAUUAUUGGCAGACAGAUUGCGGUAAUUUCACGGGAUCGCUAAUUUAUUUCUGUACGUUUUACGUUAUUAUUACCUACAUCGUUCUGAAUCUAUUGGUGGCUAUUAUAAUGGAAAACUUUUCAUUAUUCUACUCGAAUGAAGAAGACGCACUGCUUUCGUACGCGGACAUUAGGAACUUUCAAAACACUUGGAAUAUCGUGGAUAUUCACCAAAGAGGAGUAAUCCCCGUGAGAAGGGUGAAAUUUAUUCUACGGCUUCUAAAAGGCCGUUUAGAAGUCGAUCCACAGAAAGACCGUCUACUAUUCAAACACAUGUGCUACGAAUUGGAAAGACUACAUAACGGCGAAGACGUAACAUUCCACGACGUGAUUAACAUGUUAUCGUACAGGUCAGUCGACAUCCGGAAAGCACUCCAGUUAGAGGAACUACUAGCUAGGGAAGAGUUCGAAUAUAUAAUCGAGGAAGAAGUGGCGAAACAAACUAUAAGGACUUGGUUAGAGGGCUGUCUCAAGAAAAUUCGGUCGACGAACAAGCAACAAAACAGCUUAAUAGCCGGUUUACGUGCGACGAACGAAGCCAUAACGGUGCCAGAACCGAAGGAGGAGAGCAAAAACGGCAGCCCCGAGCAAGAAUGCGAAGCAGAAGUGAAAGAAAACGAGGCGGCGGCUAGAAAGCAAAAGCUGGUAUCGUCUCUGCCAAGAUCAGACAGUAUCGGUAGCAGCUCCGGAAGGAAAUAUCUAGCUCCCACUUUAUCGGAUCCUGCCGCAAGGCCUGAAAAGGAAAGAAUAACAACAAAAAAGAAGAACAGUAGGCAUCAAACCGUUGUUGUAAACAAGAAUUUCUCUCAUUUGAACGAGAGUGAAAGUAGACUGCCCAGGGAGGUUUUCAACAAUAAAACUACUGUUCCGAAAGCUACUAGCGCCAUGUAUGAGAUCAGAGAUUGGUGGAACGAGCAGUUGGCAUAUGUCUCUUCGAGUGACGAAGACUAAGGCAUCAUGAGAUAAUCGCCUGCAGAUUUUCUAAUUAGAAGAAUGUAAUCUAGAAAUACCCUUAGUGUAUCAUAUUUCGGUAUAAAAAUAUAUUUAUUAAGAAAAUCGUGACCAUAAUUUCCCACUUAAUAAAAUUCAAAAUACAGAUUACUGAAUUCAUGGUUAGAAUAUUUGUGAAAAUUUGUAUUUUAAAAUGUAAUUAUUUAACUAAUUUAAUAUUGACUUUUAUGGAAGAGGAUAAU